AUGGACCAGUGGCUGCAUUGUUGCUGCCUCGUCAACCCUACGUGGACAGGUUUGCCCUCUUCCCGCCCCCAGGCGAACGAUCCACCCGGGACACAGCGCAAAAUCAAACAUAGCUCGGACAUCAAGCUGGCCAGAAUGCGGACAACUAUAGACCUGGAGGCACCGGGUGAUGCUGAAAAGGCUCAAGACGGAGGUACUUUUGGCAAAAACGCCACCGACAGCGAGACGCCCCAUGGAGGAGACACGGACGAAGAGAAUCGGAUUGAGAAUGCCGAAGCUCCAAGGGAAGUCAUUUCCAACGAGAAAUGGGCAAAAGACGCCUCAAACCCAAUGAACUGGCCCGCGUGGAGAAAAGUGAUGCUCAUUUCGUGCACAUCGUCAAUGGGAUUCAUGGCCUCGGCGGCAACUUCGAUCCUCAGCCCCGGCCGCGCACAGCUCAUGGCGGAGUUCAACGUCAGCAGCACCGUCGCCAUCCUACCCGUGGCGCUGUACGUCUUCGCCCUCGGCUUCGGGCCCGUCGUCGGCGGCUCUCUGUUCACGCUCGGCGCCGGCUUCACACACAACUUUGGAGUGCUGUGUUUCUGCCGCUUCAUGAGCGGCUUCUGCUGGUCGCCUGUGCUGGCUGUCCCAUCGGCGUCAAUAUCCGAGACGUUCCCCCCCAAGUCGAGAGGGCUGGCCGGAGCGGUAUUUGUGCUGAUGCCGUUUCUAGGACCGGGGCUCGGACCCGUCAUGGGCUCAUUCCUCGUUAGUAGAAGAGACUGGCGGUGGACGCAGUGGACGCUCAUCUUCUUCGCCAUCUUCUGCAUGCUCCAGCUGCCUUUUGUCCGCGAGACAUUCCACCCCAUUGUCAAACGCCGGCUCGCCAAAAAAAAGGGCCUGAAGCUGCCUCCCAAGGUUCCCCUGCGGGCCAGACUCUCGCUGUUUGCCCGUGUGGCCGUCAUUCGCCCCCUUCACAUGCUCUUCGCCGAGCCCAUCGUCACCUUCUUGUGUUUCUAUGUGGCGGUCAACUUUGGUAUCCUCUUCAGCUUCUUCGCCGGCGUGCCCUACACAUUUGGCCUCGUGUACCACUUCAGCCUCGAGUCGUCCGGGCUGGUGUUCCUGUCCAUUGCGGCUGGGUGUCUCGUCGGCUUCCUGACCAUUAUCCUCUGCGACGUCCUCAUCUACCGCAAGAAGUUGGCGCUGCACCCCCAUCUCAAAACGCUUCCUGAACAGCGUCUCUACCCGGCCAUGGUUGGCAGCCUGGGUCUUCCCGUUGGACUGUUUUGGUACGCGUGGUCGGCGAGAGCAAGUGUCAGCUGGGCCAGCCCUGCCGUUGCCAUUUUCCCCUUUGCAUGGGGGAACCUCUGCGUGUUUGUCAGCUCCGUGCAGUACAUUGGUGAUGCGUAUCAUGGCAGUGUGAUAGCUAGCGCUGUGAGCGCAAAUGGCUUGGCUAGAUACGGGUUUGCCGGGGCAUUCCCCCUGUUUACAAUCCAAAGCUGGGCCUGCAGCCUCCUCGGCUUCUUCUCUCUGGCGCUGCUGCCCAUCCCCUGGAUCCUGUUCAGGUACGGACCAAAGAUUCGCGCAAAGAGCAAGUACGACACCAUGGACUACACGUAUUAG